CACGUAAGUCGCAUUAUGGCACACCCGAAACUCUCAAGGCUGGCAGCGGGCACCCAAAUUCAAGUUUGCAUCGUUCCUCUUGACGUCUACCGCUCUUUAGACAUUAACCGAUAUCUCUGACUAGGGCUUGCUCUCUGUCCUAAUGGGCUCGACGCUCAGUCAACCGUCGCUCGAAUGGGCCGUCGCGGCUGGUAUUGCAGGGGCUGUAGCGUAUAGCUACCUCACGUACUCCAAUUCCAACUCCAACUCUGGCGCACCUGGUACUAGUACCUCUGGACACGCCACGGCCACCGCUAGUGGCAAAAGUGCCAAGGGCAAGAAGAAAAAACAGACACAGACACAUGCCGGCGUCUCAGAGCCGUCUGAGAAGCCCGUGAGCACUACCACCACUCGUGCCACCAUCAUCGCCACCACCGCCACCGCAGCGUCUGCGCAUGGUAAUCCCGUGCCUGAACCUACCGUCGUCCCAUUUCCGCAUGUUAUUCCCGGUGAAUUUGACGCCGUAGCUAGCUCGGAGGACGAGAGUUCACAGGUGAAGAAGAACAAGGGGACAAAGAAGAAGAAGAAGCAGAAACAGAAGCAGACGGAGAAGCAGAAAGUAACAGUGACGGCAACUGGGGCAGCUCUCGAUGUCGAACCGCAGUCAAGCGGCGACGUUCAUGUGCCCGGAACAUCAAUAUCACCAUCACCAUCCGUUGACAUGCCAAGCGGCGAGAUGUUUUCUCCCAAAGCGGACGAGGAACGGCACACGCCUCGCAUACGGUCUUCUUCUCCGUCAUUUGACACUGAUUCCUCGUGGACGCGGAUAGACACCCGUCAAACACCAGCACGAGGCGCUAAGACCGCUCCUGGAACUGGCACUGGAACAGGAUCAGACGAUCAAAUACUUGCGAUAACAACGGAUAUGACGAGCAGUGACGUGGGUCCGUCAACCGGCGACUCUGUGUUAGCCGAGCAUACGGAUGAGGACGAAGAUAUCCAUGUCCACGCCCAUUCAUCCGUAUCAGAUAGAGAUAACCGUCGAACGCUGGCUGAAAGGCUUUUGCCCAAACCAAGGAAGACGGCCGUCGAUGACAUGCUUGAGCGCCCGGAUUAUCCAGGUUUAGCGCGUGUGAUGCGUGUACAUCCUCGGGCCGAUGAGGCGCCGGCACCUGGAUUUUCGUGGAAGGAUUACGAGGAUGUUGAUGACGGCAGCGGUACUGUAAACGAUGCAGAUGGGGAGGGCGAUGGCGAAUGGGGCAUUGUCAAGGGAAAGGGUCGCUCAAAAGAAUCACGACCCUCGACAACGCCUUCGCAGGUUAAUAUACAGCAGGCUCCAGACCUAACCAAGAAACAACGGCAAAAUGCGAAAAGAAAUCAGAUGUUGAAAGAUGCCAAAGCAGACGCUGAGGCAGAGCGGCUGGUAAAACUCGCCGAACGUAGGCGUGCUAUGGAGCGUGAGCAGAUCAUCGAUCAAUCACGCCGUGGAGGAGGUAAGAAAACUAGCGGUGGCAUGCAAGCUACCGUGGAUAACCGGGGGAAGUUAGUAUGGGACUAGGAAAAUUGCACCCUGCACCAGUUUGAAAUACAAUAUGAGACCACCGUGAUCUGCGCUA